AUGACGACCUCGGAUUUACCAACGGAAUUAUGGCUGGAAAUAUUGUCGUACCUUCCUCGAAGUACCCUCCGUAAAAUGAUUGGAGUCAACCGGACCCUUUUUGAACUUGCUCUCAAUGACCUGUACGAAGAAGUACGGCUCAUAUCCGACGAUAAGGAAACCGUGAAAACCUUCAAGCAAUUACACCAUAGCGGUGUUUCAAAGCGCGUUAGACACCUUUUCAUUCGUCCAGCUUUUCUUCCGGGCAUUGGUGAAAUUGACUCAAAGAAUGGCCGUGGAACCAAAAUCGAACGACGCAUUUCCUCUAGAUUGUCUUCCUUUUCAAAUCUCGUAAGGUGGUCUCCUUCCGAGCCACUUAGGAAUCAAAUUGAAGAUCCAUCGUUUGGUAUUCUCCCCAUUGCUAGAAAAGCGGUGAAGAGUUGUCCCAAUCUUCGCGAAAUCACAAUCACUGUGCAUGACCACGUCGCCACUUCAAUGUUCAUGUCGUUCCUCGACUCAUUGUGGGCAUCCGACUCUAUAGGGCCGAAUCUUCGUAAAAUCUCUAUUGAUACUGUUGUGGAGAAGAUUCCCAUUUUCUUGAAACCUCUUACGAUGCAAGCAAAGGUUCUGACUAACUUGGAAGAAUUCAACCUUACUCUAUCAAUCAGUCGCUACAAGCAUACUUCUACAGAUUGGUACUUUGCAACACAAGCACUUGUAUCCCUGUUUACUGAAUUCCGGUCAACAUUAACAAAAGUCUCGUUUGCGUCUAUGGUUAUUGCCGACUUAGGAGCGAUAUUUUCUUCUCUUCCUCGCCUUCCAAAAUUGAAAACAUUCGAAUUUUGCGCUAUCACCAAUUCUAAUACUCUCCCCAAUCCUGAAGGGCUGACUCGAUUUGUUUCAAUGCAUCAGUCAAGUUUACAGACAGUAACCAUCAAGCCUUACUCACGACACGUCUCAUUUCACCACUCCGACGACACCUACACGGUAUGGCUAAAUCAGCAGGAGCCUGUGGAUUCACCCAAGCUGUAUUCUUUUUCUCAACUUGUUUUACCUCAGUUGCAAAGCUUGGACAUUGGUCUCCGUGAUUUCGGCCGCUAUAUGAUAGAACCAAACCUAAGCACCCGACGUCUACUCCCAGACCUACACCAAAUAGCCCCCAAUCUCGUCAAACUAGUGAUGACUGAUGUAAAGCUCAGCACCAACCGUCUCAUGGAAAUACUGGACUCCUUGACACCUAGAGUCGACAUCCCACCCAAACUUGAAGUCUUCGAUAUGCUGUCCCAGAAACUGCCGAAGCUCAAUGCUUUGACUCUUCAAUAUGAUCAGCUUUCGAUGCCAGAUUCUGGUAAUCGGUUUCAGGAUUUGCGAAAAUUCUCUGACGCCAUGCAGGCACGUAGUUACUCGCAAUGGUCUCUUCGCUAUCUACAACUCCUGAAGCCAAGUCCUUGCGGACGAGGUCACCCCAGCAUCCCCGACAUGAAAAUGGCGGCUGAUCGGGUUCUCGAACAUUGGGUACCGCUCACACAAUGUCUUCAACGGGUAUGUUUUGUCAGCAGUAUCUUCCAGCCAGGUUUCCGAUGGUUAUUCUCAGAUCAGCCGAGUGCUGGGACGCUGUUAUCAAAGAACGACAUCAGCGGCACUGUUCUUCCUCAAGAUGUGAUGGACGCAAUGAUUGAUAUCCUUGCGGACCUUGCGUACAACCCAGAUAACCAUGACCCUGACGCACGCGUGGCUCUCGCACAGUGUCUCCUGGUCUCGCGAUCUUUCUACGAGAAGGCGCGGCCCCGUGUGUUCCAUUCUAUUACAAGAAAAGAGCAGAUUCUCCCCUGUGAAACAUGGGACGAGCGACGCGACAAUCUGUUCUUCGAACUGCUCGAAGGGGACUUGCUGCGCGAUUUCAAACCAUUGGCCACGCAAGUGCGCUCGCUGACUAUUGCGGCAUGCUUCCCGACGACCAACAAAGUGAUGUUUUUAGACGGCUGGAGCAGCUCACAAGAGGAACUGGACAGGCAGCGCGAGCGCUUCCCUCGGAUUCUGAACACAAUGGUCAAUUUGGAAACCCUUGAGAUUCGUCCAGACGAUCGCAACGCUCUAGUUUGGGCAACAGUGUACCCUGGCUUGAAGUCGUCCAUUCGUAAAGUUUGCCGCACUGUUAAAGUUCUACGAUUUCACAGAAUAUGGGGCUUUCCUAUUUCGAUUCUCUCAGUUUGUGUCAAUCUUAGGGAACUAUCAUUGUCAGGUAUAUUGGCGACGCAAUCCGGUAUAGGAAACUGGGUACAUAGCGGCUUGGAUGACUUGGAAGUUCUGGAAAUAUCUCAUGUGGAUGAAGAGCUCCUGACAAGAUGCUCUGUUGAUACUCUAAACACGCUGGAAAUAUUUUCGUUUUCGGGCGAUUAUUUCUCAUUCAGUCCCGAUACAAAAUCAAAGCUUGCUGCUCUACAAUCUCUAAUCACACUGCGCCUUCAUUUAUCAGCCAGUCUCAGCCUCCCAGAAUGCUUCCCUCCUCAAGGCCUGACCUAUUUCAUCAACUCUCUAGUAGACGACUGCCCAUCCUCACUUGAACACAUCGUCCUGGAAAAUAUCGUGAGGACCACUGCUCAGCAGGCCAUCGACCGCCAAAACAUCCUCCCAGCAGCGUGGAAACGGCGGUGGGAAAAGGUCGACAAUCUUCUUACAGACCGCCGUUACCCGAGCUUGAAGACGUUGAGCAUCAAGUUUAUCGAGAAGCGGUCUGCCAUUGUCACGCAUCGCGCCCCGAGUGCUGACGGCGGAGUAUUUUACUCGAAUUCUGUGUUCUUGGAUGAGAGCGAGCUCCUCAAGAUGGAGAGAGAAAGUUUGGAGUGGCUUCGGAGGUAUUUUGAGGAGGCACUUCCAAGAGUGCACACGUCGACCGUUACUAUUCAUUUCGAAUAUUGCAUAAGUCAGAGUGGAGAUGACCCCCUUUGA